AACAUCGAGUUUGUAUGUACAAACGUAAUAUGGUGUUGGAGAGAAAACGGAUUCAUUCUGUAAGUGAUCCCGUAAGUGAAAUGGAUAAUGCAAGUUCGAUGAAUUCGGAUAAUUUAAUUAUCUUGGAAUUAUGUGGAUCAUAGAUGUGUUUAUCUACAGGAUCUUGCCAGCAGUUUGAAACGUUUAUAGAAGGCAAAAGCGUGGCAAUUUGUGCUUAAGUUGCGGUGAUUUGAGAUGCACAACGCACUACUAUUUGAAAAAUGAACUUUUGCCAAAAAUUGUGUUGAUACGUUACCUGGACUACUUAUUGCAGGAUUUACUAACAAACAGAUAAAUAUCAGCUCCAAACUAUGUCUUCGAUGUUCGAUUGAUUACACUCAUUUCUACACUCUUACGUCACAAAGAAAAGCAUACACGACACAAACGGAACAGUAAUGGAUGCAUUAAAGGAUGUUCAGAAUAAAGACACCAAACGAUGGUUUCACCGCUUGUCUUUACAGAGUGUCUUUAACGGUCUAGCUAUUGUGAUAAUACUACUAACAACAAUCGGUGUUACUACAUGUUUAUUUGAAAUCCAGCGCCUUUCUGAAACAACUCGUUUGCUUGAAAAAUCGUUCUCUAAACUGCAACAGCAUGAUUCUAAUAUAUUUGCGGUGAUAAACGGAAAGAUGAAAAGUGUGCAGAAAAGGUCCAUAUUACCAACAUACCAGAAAUACGACCCGUUAUCUACUAAAGAGAAGAAUAUGGACGAAUUUUGCUGGACUUUGUUACACGAAAGAUGUGCUGGACAAAUACCCGGUGCCCCGGGUUCCGGCCCACCCGGUCCUCCAGGGAUUCCCGGGGAGAAAGGAGAGCCUGGCCAGCCCGGUCAUCCCGGACACAUGGGGCCACCAGGGGUACCCGGAACUGACGGUCGUAAGGGUGAGAAGGGAGACGUGGGGUUGACUGGUCGCAUCGGGGAGCCAGGAGCAGAUGGUCCGAGCGGGCCGCCAGGUCUCCCUGGCGUCGAUGGUCUUCAAGGUGCGGGUGGAAGGCGUGGCAAGCGCGGGUUACCAGGGCAACGUGGUCGUGGGGUUCAUGGUCCACCAGGAUUGCCAGGCCUGAAAGGAGACAAGGGGGAGAAGGGGGAUCAAGUGGACCCCGGAGGAAGCGUGUUCCAGAAUGGAAACAACUGUACCUGCGUAGGAGUUAAAGGUGAAAAGGGCAUGCGUGGCCUCAUAGGCUUCAACGGCUACAAGGGCGACAAAGGAGAUACAGGCCAGAAAGGAGACAGAGGUUUCGGUCUGCAAGGUCUUCCCGGACCACAGGGCCCGGUAGGAUACAAGGGGGAGAAAGGAGACACCGGAUAUUGUGAUGCCUUGAAAUGCGGUGACAAGUACGUGCGGAGAAAUGAGCCCGAUUACAAGUUUUCUAAAAAUGAUGAGACUUCGUCGAAGACGACAGAAAUUCCCUCGACGACGACGCCGAGGCUACCAACGACUCCAGUUACCGACCCGCCCGAGCUGAAACCGAGGUCUUCUGUUUGUCGAAUCAAAAGAAUAUCAACUCCCAUUUUCGUUAGACAAGACGUUUCCGUGCACGGGUCUUUCAUGUCUGAUCCGGCUCAGGUAGGUAAAUACUGGCUGACCCGCGAAUACCAAGGCCAACAACUGGAAGAAUUCGCGGACGAACAAAAUCUUAAAAAGCGCAUCCCGGACAAACAGUAUAACUUAAGAUUCAAUCGUUUCCAAGGCACGGAGCACGCUAUUUACAAUAACUCAUUCUACUAUCACUUCACUGGCAUGCCAAACGUGGUCAAGUACGACCUUGGGUUCCACAACGUUGCGUCCGCCGUACGCAUCCCGCACAGUCAUUACAAUGACAGCGUGUAUAUGUACAAGGGAAGUAAAUCUUACUACGAUAUAAACGUCGACGAAAAUGGAUUAUGGGUAAUCUUUGGUCGACCACGUGACAGCGAAUCGUGGUUGCACGCGAUGAAACUUGACACUGAGACUCUCGAGAUCGAGCGGGUGUGGCGACUUCCGUUUAAAUGUGGCGAAUACAAAAACUCGUUCAUAGCAUGCGGCAUCCUGUAUCUGGUGCGAGAGGACGAGAAUAACGCGAGACUUGGUGUCAUUGAGGAUACCUAUGAUUUCUAUGCCGACGAGUUUCGCGAGGUGCACAUUGAGUUAAAGAUGCCUUUUCAGCGGAACACCAUGCUGUCGUUCUACACAAACACGUCUGAUCGCCGGAACAGCGUCCUUUUGGCCUGGGACAACGGCAACCUCAUCAAGUACCCCUUACUCUUCUGAGGGGCUUUUUAAGCAUGGGCUUAAUACAUGUUCGUUAAGUGUUGUUCAAGAUUAGCCUGUGCAAUCCGCAAUGUUCGUAUACACUGGAUAUUGGUUAAGAAGAGACUCCAUUUACAUGAAAAAUUCCAUAACAGCGUAAAGCGUCAUCCCUGAUAAGCCUGUGCGGACUGCACAGGUCAAUCUGAGAUGAAACUGUACACACAUGCAACAAACCCCGUUUUCCCAAAAUGCGGCUCAUAUUGUUUCCCAAUUCAACGAAAGUGAUUUUGAAGUAGACACGGGUACUGCGUACGGUUUGUUUAGCUAAUAAUCACCAUUUUAAUAACAGAGGAGCCAGUUAUUUCAAUUGCAUUCAACAGUUUACAAAAUAACAUUUGAUGGUCGAUAUAAACAGUAAAUGGCAACAAAAGUAAAAUGUUGUUUGUAUGUGUUGGUGAUUGUGUUGAUUUUAAUAGCUAUAAUGAAAGAUAAUCUGGUGACGGGAAAUCUCGAAUAUUAAUAUGAUUUGUUAAGUGAUGUCGGACAGUAACUUCAGACCAACAAGAACGUUAUGGGACAUAAAUUGACUAUAUGUUUCUUAAUUUUGAAUAACAUAUUACAUAGUUUAAUAUAUUACAAUAAGUCUGAUAUUAAAUGUUCUGCAGUAAACUAUGUUUAUAAACAAACUGUAAAAUGUAUGUAUUAUUAUGCUGGCGGGUAACAUUUUAUUUGAUUGCAUUUCAGUGUCCGUAAACGAGUCUUUUUAAUAAGUUUUUAUUGUUUUUUUUUAAGGUUGCUUUAUUGAGUAUAAGAUUUUACUGUGUAUUCGUUCAGUAUUUCAUGUCCUUGUGCAUGGAUAACUUUUUUUAAAGUUAUAAUACUCAAUUCAGUUGUUUCCCUUUGGUAGGUAACCAUUAACGGCAGCACGGCUGGCUUUUUAACAACCGUUUUAAUUAUUACCACACCAAUACAUUUGAACUACGGCGACUUAUUAUGGCUGCAAUUGUAUAAUACUUGAUUUAAGUUAUUUUGACAUACGAUUGUCUUGUUGAAGACAUUGCUUUAAGUACAGUUAUCAGUUAUUUGAUUCCAAUUACAAGUAAAAAGCUUUGUUGAAUUUUAUAUGUUUUUACUAAGAUUUUUUUCGUUUAGCUAUUGUGGACUGUUGUUAGCAUAAAGUUAUAGGCUUUACACAUCUAUUUAGAUCUGAACCCGUAUCAAUAUUGCUUUUGAGCGUAAUCUUUACUAUACUUUUAAACAUGGUGAUUCAUUCUUAUUUAAAAACGUUGGAUUCGUGUUUUCAGAAUAAUUAGUUAACACGCAUUUGAUUGGCGUGUCUUCAAAUUCAACCUUUUUCGGAAAGGGUAUUUCAUGAAAAAAAUGUAGGUAUCAACUAUUAUUUUAUAUAAGCAAACGACGUAACAAUUUACUGAUGAGCUUGAUCGAUAUGGGUUCUUUUUUUACAGUUUGCUGUGAUUGUGAUAAUGUUCUAUAAUUACAAUAUAUUUCUGAACCAACA